AUGUUUAAACUGUUUGUAUUCGCCUGCUUCCUGGCCCUGGCAACUGCCAAGCCCCUCGUGUCCCUAGCGUACACAUCACCUGUGGCGUACACCGCUCCCGUAGCAGCAGCAUACACGGCACCCGUAGCGUACUCCGCAUAUACCGCUCCGGUUGCAGCGUACUCCGCUUACACCGCUCCGCUCGCAGCGUAUUCAGCUUAUUCCUAUGCCUCUCCAUACUCUGCCUACUACUUCCAAGCCCAUUUGUUGAGGAAAUGGAUGGAUAGCAUAAUACAGAUAAAACAGAGGGACACAGCUAGUUUCUUCUUCGCUUGUUUCUUGGCGUUUGCCGCCGCCAAGCCCGCUGUCUUCCCAGUGGCCUACACAGCACCACUGGCUGCGUACACCGCCCCCGUGGCUGCGGCUUAUACGGCACCUCUAGCGUACUCUGCGUACUCCGCUCCCGUCGCUGCUUACUCUCCCUACACCUACGCAUCUCCUUACUCUGCACGAAGAACUCCGGCCAUCCAGGUGGUGAAAUUUGUUUCUGCAACGCAUAGUAUGGUCGGAGAACAGCGACAGACGGUAGAAAACACAGAGAGAACUGACUUCUUUACGGUGUGCCAAAGUAUCCAGCCCGGUAAGUUUGUGAUUGUCAACAAGUCGAGUUGCCCGAUAUUGCAUCUGGUGGUACUCCAAAUACUCCACAUAGUUUUCACCGCCCUGAUCGCUGUCGUGGUCGCUAAGCCCGGCAUCCACUCCGUAGCAUAUCCGGCAUCGUAUGUGGCUGCGCCAGCUGUGUACUCUGCAUACUCCGCUCCAUUUACGGCGGCGUACACAGCUCCAGUUGCUGCAGCAUACACUGCUCCCGUUGCUGCGGCAUACACAGCCCCUGUUGCUGCAGCGUACACUGCCCCUAUUGCUGCAGCAUACACUGCCAAUGUUGCCACUGCGUACUCUUCUCCUAUAGUGGCUGCAGCAUACAGAGCUCCCGUUUUAUUUAAAUGA